AUGGCUAGGGAUAUUAUUUUUGAGAGUACUAGCAUCAUGGAGACAUAUAGUAUUGAGGAGAGUAUGGAAGUUGCCACUAGGUCUAAUGUCACCCAGGAGAAUGGUGUAGUUAACAUGGAGGUUGAUACUUCAGGGCUGCUUACUUCUGCAGUCGAGGAGACGUUGGAGAACACAUUA